AUGGAUUGCUCAGCUGUCAAAAUCGCGAUAGAGUGCACAUUGGAGAGUUGUUUUAUGUUUGAUAUCGACGAUCGUGUUGUGGUUUCUGGUGGCAAGCAAGGUAUUGUGAGAUUUAUCGGCGAAACUGAAUUCGCUCAAGGUAUUUGGGCAGGAAUUGAAUUGGAACAGCCGUUAGGAAAGAACGAUGGAAGUGUGCAGGGCAAAAGGUACUUCACAUGCAAAACACCUUACGGCGUGUUCGUGCCGGCUUCUAAAACUCAGAGAGCACCAUCACAAACACCUAAUAGGGCUAAGCAGUCACAUGGUACGGAAAAUGCCACAAUCAAAGCGCUACAGGAUGCGCUUCAAGAAAAGGAACGCCAUUUAGAGCAGCUUAUGCGUGAACGUGAUAUGGAACGAUCCGACUUCGGUGUGAUAGGAAACGGUGACCAGGCAGAAAAG